AUGACUUCCCCGACACAAAAACUUAGGCCGCAGAGCCCGCGCUCUCAGCUGGAGCAAGACUCUGCUGAAGAACACCCAUCGCUUGGCGACACCAAAGACAAGCAGCCAAACAUUCGUCAGCAGAGAGCGACCCAGCCACCUUUUUGGCUCAGCAAAUACGCGCUGCUCAUAUUUGCCAUCGUGUUCGCAACCCUCGCGGCCUCACUCAUCGCCCUCAAAUGCGUUUCCGAUUCUAAAGACGGGUUCCCUCUCAAUUUCUCCUCUAGCGAAUAUUCCUGGACGUACGGUCCGACUGCUGUGCUCAUAAUCGUCUUGAGCUUCUGGAGACGAGUUGAUUACUAUUAUAAGGCUGCCCAACCAUGGAGGGAACUUCUAUCUGGGCCUGUAGUCGGCUCCGGGUCGCUUCUGCUGGAUUAUGUGUCACCGCUCCAGGUCCAGAGUGUAUACCGGGCCUUCAAGUUUGGCCACUACCGUGUUUUCGCGACAAUCAUCUCAUUCUUCCUGCUCAAAGGCAUCAUCCUUGUUUCUACCACUUUAUUCGUGGUGCAACAUCCUUCGCAUGCUAUGCCGGUGGAUAUCGCAUACGACAAUACCUUCGACGCUGCUAGUGCUUGGGCCUCAUUCCAUUCAUUUUCCAGGAUCAAUGAGAGCAGUAUCUCCAUAGGAGUCGGGGAAAGCGGGUGGUACCAUGGCGGCUCGGACAAGCCUGUCUAUGCGUACGUGUCUCGCCUCAGAGGCGAUGUCGUGCGUGAUUAUGCUUGGAACGUCCAAGGUGGAAUCGUAACCCAGAGGUUCGAAUCAACAGCACCGUCGCUCAACCUCACAUCGCUCACAGCCCCGAUCGACUUGUUUCUCCCGGUCGUUGACUGCGAAGAUGCAACGUUGACCAUGGAUCCUCCUACUGUUCGAGGCUCAUACUACAUGUGGAAGUCUUCGACGUGCUCAACAGGGAAGAACAGUAGUUUUAUAUGUCCUGACUUUAGACCUUAUAGAAAGAAUGGCAGCAGGUGCGCUACCCAACCCUGGGCAUAUACGCUUCACCGCAUAAAUUGCUCAGAGGUCAGCCGGACUACUGAUAUACGAUACGCCAUCACAGUCGCGCACCACAACAUUUCCUCCACGGCCACGAAUGUUACUGAAGCUGUCAAACUCAACAAUCAUUCCGCCGUUGUUUGCAAGAUUGGCUACAAAAUAGUUUCGGUCACUGCAACUCAGGACAUGCUCUCGCGCAAUGUGACUCUGGCCCCAGCUGCCGACCACGGAGAAGGAAGACAGUUACACAACUUGACAGAGCUUUCACUAUCCGAAAUGCUUAUAACAGAUCUCGACGUGGCGUCUUCGACGCUUGUCUACAAUGAGAAUGUCCCCCGUCUAACUAUCGAAUCUACCAAGUUGGGUUACGGUUGGACUCCCAGCGAAGCACUAUUCCAGCUGAUGGCUAUCAAGUUGGGAGGCGAGUUCCGACCUGACAUACUUUCCGUACCGUUAACACUGAGGAAGCUGUCAGUGGAGAUUCUUGAAGGACUACUUAAUGAGAUGGCUCGUCAGUCACUGCUUGUGGCCAAAGCUACGAACAGUACAGGUGGUGGUCUCGUCAGCAGUCCACGGCUACAGAUGAGCAAUGUGGCAUUUUGGCUCAUGGUUUCAGGCUUUUCAGUCUUGUCCGUACUCUGUUUGCUUUUAAUGUUUGCAUCUUCUACGCGCCGCUGGGUAUCUGCGAUGGGUGGCUCUAUUGCUGGUCAUGCUGCCGUAUUAACUAACAAUCCUUCACUGCAGAAGAUUCUCGAAAGAUCUGGUGAACUGGACCAAAAGGGCUUGACUGAGAGAAUAGGAGAUGUGAAGUUCGCCAUGACCUGCGCCAGUAGUGAUGUUCGGGUACAUAUAACGGAGAAGAACAGUCCUUCGGAUGACCGAGAACGUCUGAUAUCCAAGGCCAAGCCCUGGACGCCUAUAUCUGGGUCAUUGUAUUUCGCGACGGCCACUAUCGUCAUCCCCUUACUUGCAAUCGGCGCACUUGAGCUCCUUCAACAACUAUCUAAUCAAAGACAAGGCCUUUUCGACGUCAACAAAACAGACUCCUCCACCAUUUCAAUUACACGAAUCGCCACCACGGCGAUAUUCUUUCUCAUAUCAACAAUGGUCAAUAAUCUUGACUUUAUCAUCGCGACUUUUGCACCUUACAGUGUUCUACGAUCAGGAAGCGCUCCUGCUGAAACAAGUAUCUUAUUUCACUUGCUAUCCGUCUCGCCGUUCCUGAUAGUGUUCAAGUCGCUGCGGGCUCGUCAGCUAGGGCCAGCGUCUUCCAACAUUUCAUCGCUCUUGGGCAGCCUUCUCACAAUUGUCUCAUCGGGCCUCUGGACACUCACAGAGCCUGCGAAUGUCGAGAGAUCGACGACAGCAAUGGUGCUGAAUUGGCGUACAUCAUGGCCUGCCAGAAGCCAGGAUGACUCCGGUGCUGCAAAAACACUGAACCUCAUUCGGCAUGGCGGUGCAAACUCCUCAGUUGCAAUUUGGCAAGAUGUGGUGCUGCCGAGUACAAGCAUUGCAUUUCCUGAUGCUUCUAUGAUAAAUACGGGCACUCAAUCUUCCAGCUACACUUAUAGCGUCGGGGCGUUACGACCCUUCCUGAACUGUACUGUGGUCCCGACAGAGCAUCUAGUCAUGAAUCCGUGGGUCAGGACGUAUACUUACGCCCUCGAUGGAGACCAGAUCGGGCACACACAUAUGAAAAUCAUAUGGGCCAACUUCACCGCUCCGGUCGGCUGCAAAGGCCAUGAAGUCAACGGGAAGUCUUAUGUAUCAUUCAACACGAGUGUAGAGAUUGCGGAUAGAGAAGGAAAAUCCUAUCACGAUAGGUGGGUUGGUAGUUACUUGGAUCUCAACCUAACCGUUAGUGACGCCAGUGCUGAUUGUCCCUCCGUCGGCAUAUUCUUUGGAAAUAUGGGAGGCAAUGAUACAUCGGCAUGGAACAUGACAGCAUUGACUUGCACUCAGGGCAUCGAGCAAAUUCCUACCAACAUCACGUUCAAGGGCGACCCAGCUCUCGGGGUGAUCGACGAGAAGCAUCCUCCACUGCUAGCUCGAAAGCAAGCCCGGAAAUGGGUAAACAGCACCUCAGGGUCAUCGGCGCUUAACUACAAGUUUAAGAAUUUUCUCGAUGACCACCUGAAACUCUACCCGACUCACAACAUUACUGAGCUAAAGUCAGACUGUGAUCCUUUCUUCAAUCACAUAAUCUAUGGUCCGAAGGCGAUGAAGAAAAAGGAACUUCUCGGGCCUGGAAAUGUCAGCAACUUGAUCGACGCAGUCAAGAAGGGUUACGGCGAGUACAUGAGAUAUGUCAUUGAUCUCAACUUCCGGGCAGACCAAAAGACCGCCCGUGACGAGCUUGUCAGCGCUUUAGCCUCUCCGUCAUCAGAUAAGGAGCCAGUGUCACCUAACACGGAGAUAAACGGAACAAUGCGCCAAGUAACCACCCGCUUUGCCAUAAACUCAACUUCCAGAACCAUUCUUCAAGUUCUACUAGCUGUCAUAGCCGUUCUGAGCCUCGCAAGCUAUCUUCUUGUCAAGAUUCGCGGUACACUUCCACGCGAUCCUUGCAGUAUCGCAAGCACGAUGGCAUUCCUGGCUGGAUCUCAGCUGUGCGAUCGAGAUUCAGGUAUCAUACCAAGAGGAGCUGAGUAUAUGACCGAUGGACAGCUGAAGAAGACUUUUGAUGGCUGGGUGUUUAGUCUUGGGUGGUGGCAGAAAGGAGAGGCUUCGGUAGAGUCAGAAGAGCGGAGUGACGAUGCGAGAAUAUCAGGAGAUGCAGAUCCUCCAAACGAGACACGGGAGGAGCAAAGGACCCUGGGAAGAUUUGGAAUCGAUGUUGGGCGCCCGAAUGUAUGCAAGUUCUAG